GUUAGGAUACUUUCCUAUUUCAUUCGAGUUCUUAUAUACAAAUUUACUGCUUGGUAGCUAAAUUUGAAGCCUCGAGACCAUGAGAACUACUGGUGGAAAGCUUUGUCACCUUCAAAUUUGCAUGCUUUACAGCUUCCUCUUUACCAUUCUGUUUCUACUUUCUACUUCAGGGGGGUUAGGCAGCAGCAGCCGCAUGUCGUUAGUAAAAGAGCGAAAAAGCAGCAAGGAGAUUAACACUUCUAAAGUAGUAGUCAUUUCCAACAAUGACUCUGUCAACGCCACUAACUCUACCUUCUUAAUGCGCAAGCUCCACCUCCCUCUCCCAACACCAUCUGAUGAUGAUGGAUCAGAAUACAAUGGAAUGGGAUCAUCAUGCUCAAACGAGGACAUAGACAUAUAUCAAGGGCCAACCCCUCCAUUACCCAGCGGAAUCCCAACUUACACAGUUGAGAUACUGAAUGCCUGUGUAGAUGGUUGCAGCAUUGCUAACAUUCACGUCAGCUGCGGGUGGUUCAGCUCCGCUAGGCUCAUCGAUCCAACCGUGUUCCGGCGACUCUCCUACGAUGACUGCCUUGUCAACGAUGGUGAUCCGCUCGACGCCGGCCAAAGCUUGUCUUUUCAAUAUGCCAAUAGUUUCCGUUACCCUCUCUCUGUGUCCUCUGUUGAUUGCUACUGAAAUACUAUACCAUACUUGUUGC